AUGCUUCACAAUCGAACAGAUCAAAAUACUCGCAUAACAUAUAACGGCAUCACGGCGAAAACCCCACGCGAAAAAGCAGAACUUUUUAACUCAUACUUUGCGUCUGUUUUUCAAACUUCACGGUUGAACAAAAGCACGGAGAACGAUGAUUACGACGACACUCCACCUAAAACUCAUGUAGAGUUGUCCAAUAUUACUGUUAGUGUGGAAGAAGUCGUGAACAAUUUACGCAAUUUAGAUGUAACCAAGGCACAUGGCCCUGACAGAAUUCACCCUCGCCUAUUAAAGGAAUGUAGUGAACAAAUUGGACCAAGUUUGUGUGCGUUAUUCAAUCAUUCUCUGAACUGCGGCAGAGUACCCAUAGAAUGGAAGGCUGCGAACAUCACACCUGUUCAUAAGAAGGAGUCAAAAGAAGUAGCUGAGAACUUUCGUCCUAUCUCGCUGUUGUCGAUUGUUAGCAGGUUUCUCGAACGCUCUGUAUGCAGCAAUCUGUACAACCAUAUAUCCCAUCUAAUCGCUGAUGAACAACAUGGCUUCAUCAGAAACCGAUCGUGUGUGACACAACUUCUGUCUGUUUUCACGCUAUCGGCAAGAGCUUGUACAAGAACAUCCAAACAGACAUUCUAUAUUUGGACUUCGCCAAAGCAUUCGACUCCGUUGACCAUGACAUUCUCCUUGCCAAACUAAAAUCAAAUGGGGUAAAUGGAAACUUGUUAAAUUGGUUCACCGACUACCUGCACGGCCGUGUUCAAAGAGUCGUUGUAGAUGGUGUAGCAUCCGAUUGGGCGACUGUAACGUCUGGCGUUCCUCAAGGAAGUUUACUUGGUCCUAUACUUUUCGUUAUCUUUAUCAAUGAUUACCCUAAUGUUGUGUCUGAUACGUCACAGACAGCACUGUAUGCUGAUGAUUCGAAACUUUACAAGAGCAUAUCCUGUCUCGGUAGCUGUGAAAGCUUGCAACAAUCCCUGAAUCAUCUGAGUAUAUGGAGCCAUAACAACAACAUUAUUUUUAACGCAUCGAAGUGUAAGGUAUUGACAGUAACCCGAAAAAGCAACCAUCUUGGAAAUACGACGCUGGUCCACGUUAGAAAAGAAAAAGACCUGGGAUGUAUCAUUAUCAACCACCUCACUUGGGAUCAACAAGUCCUCGUUGUGGUGUGCAAAGCCAACAAAAUGCUUGGACUCUUACGUAGGACAUGCCCCUUGCUGACCAACACGAAAGUGCGGCGUUCCUUGUACCUCUCCCUGGUGAAGUGCCACCUCGAUUACGCUACCCAAGUCUGGUCUCCAGCACUCACUUCACUUAAAAUCAAAAUUGAAAAUGUUCAAAGAAGGGCAACGAGGAGGAUCCUGAAGCAACGAAAAGGUGAACAGUCGUACAAGGAAAGACUGGUGACCUUGAAGUUACUGCCAUUAUGUUACAAUCGCGAAGUAAAGGAUUUGGUUUUCUUUUACAAGGCAAUGCACGGGUAUAGAAAUUUGGAUAUCAAUAACUUUGUUUCCUUUGUAACCCACGGACGUACUAGGUUAAGUGAAGCGAGAACUCUAAAAACUCCGUCCUGCAGAGCAAGCACCUUCCAAGGAUCGUACUUUAACCGUAUAGUCAAGCUCUGGAACAGUAUUAUGGUCACUUCCACUUCUCAAAACUUUUCCAGCUUAUCGACGUUUAAAACGUUGGCUAAAAACACAUUUAGUUUAGAGCUGAACAGAACCUUUGACGUGGACAUGACGUGCACAUGGAGUCUGGUGCGGGACUGCUCUUGCCAUAGGUCAUAGAGUAAACCAAUUAUUUAGAAGUAAAGCGUCCAAAUAGGAAUGAAUGAUGAUGUUUCGUGCGUCAUCUUAACUAAUCACUCCAUGCAAGAGAGUUUGACUAGCUUGAUCUCCAAAUCAUCAUUCGCUCUUGUUUGACCGUUUUGCUACUUUCAUUGUUUUCAUAGUUUUAUAACAUAUAUUAUGUAUUUAUGUCUUUGCCUUCCUGCUUUUCACGAGGUGUUGCAUUUAACGAGCUCAGUUUACUGGCAAAACAAAACACUCGGCUUGGGAUAAUUUGGCUGUGAAAUUGAUUCACAGCCGCUUUAUUUAAAAUCUCGUCAUUUAAUUAGAAAUAUCAUAAAAUCAUUAAAAUUGAUCAUUUGAGUUAAUAACUUGAGUCUGUUAAUGUUCAUUGCCAGUAAAGGUGGCAGGACUACACGCCAAUUAGGCAAAAAAGGUAUAAUAAUGAUAUGUACAAGAAAAAACAACAAACUAAAAUACAAAGUGGCAGGCCAGCGGGUGGAGGUGGGAAGAAAAUUCGUAUGUCUUCACUCGAUCACGAGAAAGAUUGAAUUGAGAAGUGAAUAACUUUGCUUUGCUUUUAGUAGCUAAAAUUUGGCCUUGACUUUAUGUUUCUUACGUAGGUAAAAGCACCGGAAUUUCCUUCUCCGCCAAGUCCCACCUUAAUCUGCCACAAUCCAAUCUAACUAUUUCCUACUUUUAUCUUAUCACUAUAAUUCAGGCUUGACAUAAAAAACCAUAUUUCCGUAGGAAAUAUUUUUAUUUAUAAAUAUCUGUUAUUACUUAUUAGAGAAGGGAGGUGCCUUGCAUGGGACUUCUAUAUAGCCUCGUUCGCACCUUCCCUUUUGGGCCAGUUGAUAUUGAACUAAUUAUUAAAAAGGAAUUUAUGUCACCAAUAAAGUUGUUAAAUAAAAUAAAAUAAAAAUAGUGCAUGUAUGAACUUGGCUAUAAGAUUUCUUCAGACAUAAAAAUACACUAUAUAUAUAUAUAUAUAUAUAUAUAUAUAUAUAUAUAUAUAUAUAUAUAUAUAUAUAUAUAUAUUUUGUACUGUUCACGAAUGACAAAGGACGAAAUUGCAAGCAAAAAGAAAGGGAGGGAUGUAGUGUUAAUAUUAACAUAAUUAGUUAAUUAGUUAAUAUAUAAGUAAGGGGUGUGAUUUAAGAUAGGGCAAGGACAAAUACAUUAUUCAGGGAGAAUUGACAAGCUGUAACGAUUCAUAUAGCGAAAGGAAUAAAUACAUAAAACAUUAUAAUUUCCCUUUGUUUUCACCCUUCAGUAAACCGCCAUCUUGAAAUUUUUAUAAUUACGUCAUUGUCAUCUAUACGCUGUCGCUGAUUGGCUGGAAACACGCUUACAAACUUCCGGUACGCGCAACGAUGGCAAUAUAUCUGGGGCCGGUUGUAUCAAAGGCAUUUAACUUAAACGGUGUUUAGCCGCUAUCCAGCGUAUAAAUUUCUUAUCCGACGGAUAGUUAAACGGCCGAUAAAAUUGCGUUGUACGAAGCCCGUUUAGUACCGUUUUACUAAUUGGGUCCAGUCCGCGUUUUACUAGUCCAGUCCAGUCCAGUCCGCGACUUACCAGUCCAGCCCAGUCCGCGUUUUACCACAUGCCUGUUUUAAUAGCUAAAAGUGGGAGUCUUAUACUGCUUGAACUAUAUAAAGGAACAAAAGAAGGCGUAUACUUAACGUAUAAACACUGACACUGGUGUGCGUGUUUAUAGCAAAGCCAAGGAAUUACAAGUGAUCAGCAAGUGACCUCAGUAAAUCUCAAGAUCAAGCGCCGGCAGUCAAAAGUGAUUUUUUUCAUGUUCAUUCGGGAUUUAAAAAGAUAACUCCUCAACAGGAUUGUGCAUUUCUAUAAAUAUCCCAUACCCUUUCAUUCGAAAUGAUCAUUGUUUUAUCUUCAAACUCCAAGUUUAUCCGCCGUAUAGCGAUUUAAACGGUCUCAAGAGACCGUUUAAGUCGUGUUUACACUAUUAGCCUUGGCCUGGCCUACAUUUUGACAGUGUAAACAGACUUUGGCUAAGCCUUGGUCUGACCUAGGCCAGGAAAUCUGGGUUCACUACAACCGGUGGCCUAGGCCUGGCCUAUAGGCCUAUAGGCUUGUGGAAAACUGGAAAUAUAAACAUUUUCGGCCCUGACCUGGGCCUCAUUUCCAUGGCAACGUGUGCUGGCAGUGAGAGAUUAGCGGCCAACCAGCGGACAACGUCACAACACAUAAAAGUACACAAAAUUAAUUUUAAAAAUCUUGGCCAAAGUGAGCCAAUCUCUAUGCCAGUGUAAUGAUGUAAACGCGCCACAUUUACCCUGGUCUGGCCAAGGCCAGGCCAAGGCUAGGCCAAGGUAUGUAGUAUAAAAACGCCUUUGAUACAACCGGUCCCUGCAUUCGCCGAAAUUGCAGAAUACAAUAACCGAUCGUCAAACUGUCGGGCAUCAUCACUUCCGGCCAAAUUUCCAAUGAUAACCGAAACCACGAAACAAACGCGAUCGCCAUACUGUCGGCCUCACUUCGGCUCACGACAAUUUCACGACAAUCCGGAAAGACAUCGCUCACCGACCACCACCGCUCAUACCAUAUCAUAGUAGCUUGCCACAGAGGGGGGGGGGGGGCUAGUCACAAAAUUUACACUCGAAAUUUCCAUCUACACUAAUGUCAUCUAACAAAAUAUCUCAUUUGUCAAUUAUAUUUUUUCUCAGGGCCGUCAAAAGAACCAACAAAAUUGACCGCGUCGGUUGAUCGUCAAGAUGAAACAAAUGAGGAUAAUCCUCCGUCAAUACAACCAACAAGACUGACUACGUCGGUUGAUCGUCAAGAUGAAACAACUAAAGAUAAUCCUCCGUCAAAACAACCAACAAAACAGACGAUGACGGUUGAUCGUCAAGAUGAAACAACAAGGGAUAAUCCUCCGUCAAAACAACCAACAAGACUGACUACGUUGGUUGAUCGCGAGAAUGAAACAACUGAGGAUAAUCCUCCGUCAAUACAACCAACAAGACUGACUAUGUCGGUUGAUCGUCAAGAUGAAACAACUAAAGAUAAUCCUCCGUCAAAACAACCAACAAGACUGACUACGUCGGAUGAUCGUCAAAAUGAAACAACUGAGGCAAAUCUUCUCUCAAAACAACCAACAAGACUGACUACGUCGGUUGCUCGGCAAGAUGAAACAACUGAGGAUAAUCCUCCAUCAAAAUUCCAACCAACAAAACAGACGAUGACGGUUGAUCGUCAAGAUGAAAAAACAAAGGAUAAUCCUCCGUCAAAACAACCAACAAGACUGACUACGUUGGUUGAUCGCGAGAAUGAAACAACUGAGGGUAAUCUUCCGUCAAAACAACCAACAAAACUAACUACGUCUCAUGAUCGUCACCACGAAACGGCAAAUCGUAAUCUUAACAAAAACAUCGAUCUUCAACGCUAUGUUGGUGUUAUCAAAAAGGAUUAUUUUAUUGUACUUGUAUGUGUUCUUGUCAUUGGGGCUUUGGUAGUCGCCUUUAUAAUUUGGAAUUUUUGGCAUCAAGCUAGACGUCCGGAUACAGUAAGACCUAGGCCUACAUUUGGAGCAUAUGUUUUGGAGUUUUCAGAUGAAGAUACAACACUACUGCCAUCAGCAACAAUUACAACUUGUGACCAACAUCCACCAAGCAUUG